ACGGAGUUGUUCACUCAGUUGUGAAACCUUGUCGUAUCAUCGAUCCAUCCUUAUCCUGUUCGAAGACCAUUCGAUCCAGCACUCACCUCUUCUGCUUGUCUACCAAACAGGUCAAUCUUUGACCCGCCGAAAACAAUGGGUUUCGUGGUGCUCCCCGCUCUUGCACCGGACAUCAGCGACGUAUACGAUGUGUAUUUUGAGACAUUCAAAAACAACCCAGUUACACGUGCCUUGUUUCCCUCGGUCACAGAAGCCGAUUUGAUCAACCCAAAAUCUGAGUUUCGACAAGGGCACACGAAUCAUGUUCAAGAGUGGUCGAAGACCAGCCAAACGCAGUACACUUUGAAGUGUGUCGAUACCGAAUCCAACAGAAUAGUCGGCAUGGCAAUUUUCGACAUAUACAUCGCACCCAGCGACUGGAAGCGAGGUGAGAUGUCCUGGCUGCACGGAAAAGAACGGGAACAAGCCGAAGCAUUGAUCAGCCCGCUUUGGGAUGCUAGAGAGAAGCUCUGGCUCAACGAAAAGUACAUCUAUGGCCACGUAAUCGCUGUCCAUCCAGACUACCAGCGAAAAGGUGUCGGAGAGAAAAUCUUUAACUACGGCAUCACUGUAUCCCAAAACACUGGACUACCGAUUUACAUUGAAAGUUCAAAGGAUGGUGUGCAUUUUUAUGAGAAGAUGGGUUGCAGGAGAUUGAAAGAAACCCUGAAGCCUUCACUGCAGAGUAUCAAGUCAGUAGAAGGUAAAGACUUGAAAGUAGAUGACAAUCUCCCUUUGUUCGUAUGGUUACCCGAAGGCGCAGAGAAGAAGCUGCCCGACGCUGUGCAGUUGGCAUAAUGGCUAUCAUUACCUAGAAAUAUUAUACCAUAGUAUUUAUCCCAACAUUUGGUGAAGGGCAUUGACACGGUAGCUUUCGCUGCGCUGUACAAGCUCCUCGUGCCGUCCCUGGUCC